ACGUCAUCUCCACGCGACAAACAGUAUGUCUAACGUGAGACUCCCUCACACAGCCACGGGUCUGCACUGGAUGUAAACAAACCAUCAUUCAUGUGGAUUAAAACGUCAGUAUGGCCGCUCGGACGCUGCAGCAGCUCGUAGCCGCCGCCGCCUCUCUGCACCCCGACCGGGCAGCAGUGACAUAUGACGGCGGGGCCGCCUCGGAGAGCCCGGCGGUGUCCCUGCUGUACAGAGAGCUGGUCGAACUGGCAGGUGAACUCGCUCUUAUUCUGCGGAAGAACUGCUCGUCCAAUAACGGCGUGAUUGGGCUGUGCUGUGGCGAUGAUUUGUUCAUACCUGUCUGGAUUCUGGGGAUCCUGCAGUCACCUGCUGCUUAUGUCCCACUGGACCCAGAAGCUCCAGGACUCCUCUCAGCCAGAGUCAUGACCCGGUGUCACCUCCAGUACUGUGCUGUGAAGACUGACGUCCUGCAGAGAUUCCAGGCUGCUCUGGUCGAACACACAUCUGUGGAGGUUUGUGUGGUUUUGCCAAAGUUCAGACUAACCGUGGUAAAAGUCCAGCACAAGGGAGGAGCAGAACAAGCUGGAGUUCAGUCAGCAGGUGGUGCUGCUCUCCGUGAAGCAGCUGCCGUGUUCGAGGAGGACGAGCAGAGAGACUUGGCGUAUGUGCUGCACACAUCUGGAACCACUGGCCUUCCAAAGAUCGUGAGGGUGCCACACAAGUGCAUACUCCCCAACAUCCUGCAUCUGAGAUCUUUGUUCCAGAUGAGCGCAGACGAUCUGGUUUUCCUCGCCUCGCCUUUAACCUUUGACCCCUCCGUGGUGGAUAUGUUCCUGGCCUUGUCGUCCGGGGCUCAGCUCCUCAUCAUCCCCACUGUGGUCAAGAAGAUGCCCCGUCGACUGGCUCAACUCCUGUUCACGGACCACAAGACGACUGUCCUGCAGGUCACGCCGACGCUGCUCGUCCGCUUCGGCCACCGUAUCCUAAAACAGGAAGUGUUGUCACCGGGCUCCUCGCUGCGGGUGUUGGCUCUGGGCGGAGAGGCCUGCCCCUCGCCAGCUCUGCUGAGGAGCUGGAGGCACGAGGACAAUAAAACUCAGAUUUUUAAUAUCUACGGUAUCACAGAAGUGUCCUGCUGGGCCUGCCUCUACGAAAUACCAGAGUCUGUACUGAAGUCUAGCAACAACUCGGCGUCCUCGGUGCCUCUUGGGACUCCCCUGAUGGACACAGCGGUGGAAGUGCGAGACGAACAUGGCCGUGUCGUCACAGAGGGAGAGGGACAGGUGUUCAUAGGAGGGGAGGACAGAGUGUGUCUCCUGGAUGACGAGGAGACCGUUAUCGCCGGGACGAUGAGAGCCACUGGAGACUGGGUGAACGUUAGAGACACACAGCUGCACUACCUGGGACGGAAAGACCGGCUUAUCAAACGCCACGGCAAGCGGGUCAACUUGGACAGCCUGCAGCAAAUCAUCCUGGGCCUGCCUCAGGUGGAGGCCUGCGCCGUCGGGCUGCACGAAGGCUCGCGGCUGCUCGCCUUUGUCGUGACGUCCACAUCUGGAGACCAGAGAGCAGAUUCUCCUCUCACAUCUGUGCAGCAGCACGCGGAACAGACACCCGCGGCCGAGCGUCGCGAAGGCCUCCCCUCUUCUGCGAGGCGCCGCCAGGAGGAGACUGACGCUGCAGAUGGAGAUCUGAGCGGACUCAUCCUGAGCCAGCUGUCCCUGCUGCUGCCGUCGCACAGCGUUCCAGACACGCUGGUGCCGGUGCCGGCCUUAUGUCUGACUCCUCAUGGAAAAGUAGACAUGGAGGCGCUGAUGAACAUAUACCAGAGGCAGAGACGGUACUUAGAGUGUGAUUCUUCACGGACAGACGUCACCAAACUAAAGCAAACGCUUCUGUCACUGUGGCAGGAAACUCUCGGUCUUCCCAAAGAUGCGACCGUCGAUGAGGAAUCCAACUUCGUGUUGAGCGGAGGAGACUCUCUGAAGGCGCUGCACCUCUGCGAGGACAUCCUCACAGCUGUGGGCGUAAAGUCACCGGAGCUCUUGGAGGUUUUACUUGACGGGACCUUCUCUGAUGUUCUGCGCCAUGUUGCGAGGGUCGUGCUGACUCUGCCGCUGGACAACAGCCGGUCAGCGCUGCCCGAGGCCCGGAAACGCCUGAAUGAUGCUCCUGUUGUGGCACCAGCGAAGAGAGAGCGCACCGAGUCCACAGCUGCAGAGGAGAUGUGGGCUGUUAAAGUUAUAAGACGAGCAGGUGGGCAGACGGACCUGAAGCUCAGAAAUCCAGAGACACAUACAAGCUUCCAGGCCGAUGCGCGCUGUGUUGGUGCUCUGGGCCUCAGUCUGAGCUGGUCCUCAGACACAGGCAGGUGUGUGGACGCGUCCCCGGUUCUUCUAGUGCAAAGCAGAAACGAUCAGAGGUCAGACGAAGGUACAACGACGGUGUUCAUCGGCUCCCACUCUCACAGGAUCCAGGCUUUAGACCUGACCACCGGGAGUCUUCUGUGGGAGCGAGUUCUCGGAGACAGAAUCGAAGCGUCGGCAGCUGUGUCUCGCUGCGGGAGCCUCGUGGUUGUAGGUUGCUACGACGGCUGUGUGUAUUUCUUGUGCGCUGCGUCCGGGAAGACUCGGUGGGUGUUUAAGACGGGGGACGCUGUGAAGAGCUGUCCUGCUGUGGAUCCCCUCACAGGUCUGGUGAUAGUGGGCUCACACGAUGGGCACGUUUACGCCAUGAAUCCAGAGGUGGAGCAGUGUGUGUGGAGGCGUCACUGUGGGGGUGGAGCUGUGUUUUCCUCCCCGUGCCUCAACGCCUCCCUCAGGCAGCUGUAUGUAGCUUCACUGGGGGGUCAUCUGCUGUGUCUCCACCCUGACAGCGGAGAGGUCCUGUGGUCGCACCGCAGAGACGUCCCGUUCUUCUCGUCACCGAACGGCUCCUCUGGCCACGUGAUGAUCGGCUCGGUGGACGGGAACAUCUGCUGCCUCAGCGACGCAGGCGAGCUGGUUUGGCAGUUUUUAACAAAAGGACCCGUCUUCUCCUCUCCGUGCGUCACGCCGGACCAGCAGAGAGUUCUGUGUGGAUCGCACGACGGCCGCCUGUACUGUCUGAACUGUGCCGACGGCUCUUUGGUCUGGACUUUCCAGACCACGGGGAAGGUGUACUCCAGUCCGUGUGUGUUCGACGGCUCCGUUGCGGGCAGGACGGGGACUCUGGUGGCCGUGGCGUCCACAGACGGCGCGGUGUGGAUCCUGGACGGACUGGACGGACAGAAGCUGGCCUCCUUCACUCUGCCUGGGGAGCUGUUUUCAUCCCCGGUGGUGUGGAGGCGCUCCCUCGUCGUCGGGUGCCGCAAUGACUACGUGUACUGUUUAAAACUGACUCUCAAAGAAGAAACAGAGGGAUAAAAACGCAUUUUUGUACUGAUUUUAUAAUAAACACUGAUGACUUUUGUAUCUGUGUCAGAGCAGAGCUUUGGGAAACCAACGUUAAUUAAAAGUUCAGCGGAAAUAAUGA